CGCCUGUGACUGACAGGCAGUGGCUGAGGCGCUGAGGAGACGGCGACGAGGGCGACGAGGAAGGUUCUCUUUUCCCCUCACGCGCCGUCGACGCCGUUUACGCCUCGCCUUAGGCGGGGUCCCCGGCUUCCCCCACCGAUGACGGCGGCAAACUGCGAAAGCGGCGCCAACGACGAGCUCGACUUCAGGCUCAUCUUCGGGGAGGAGGACGGCGGGCGGCAGCAACAGCAGCCGGGGCCGCCUCCCACCACCACCACGCCGCUUGGGCCUACCUCAGCAGCAGCAGCAGAUUUUGAACCUGACAAUUGUGCAUCUGUGUGCAUCUUCAAUGUAGACCACUCAUCAUCUGUAAACCAUCCUAUUUGUAUCCCCUGUCAUGGAUUUCAGUCACAUUCUUCUCCUUUGUCUUCUCCUAAUAGACUGCAAGGUCAUAAAAGCUACGAAGGAAGCAGUCCACUAGGUGGUCCUAAGCCUUUUGAAUGUCCUAGUAUUCAAAUUACUUCUAUUUCUCCUAAUUGUCAUCAAGGAAUAGAAAACAGUGAAAAUGAGAUGCACACAAAUGGCCCUCAAAAUGAAUAUAUGGAAAGGCCUUCAAGGGACCACUUGUAUCUUCCUCUUGAGCCAUCUUACCGGGAAUCCUCCCUUAGCCCAAGUCCUGCUAGCAGCAUUUCGUCUCGGAGCUGGUUCUCAGAUGCCUCCUCUUGCGAAUCAAUCUCUCAUAUUUAUGAUGAUGUGGAUUCAGAACUGAAUGAAGCUGCUGCUCGAUUUACCCUUGGCUCACCAUUGGCAUCUCCUGGAGGUUCUCCAAGGGGCUGUCCAGUGGAUGAACCUUGGCAACCAUGUUAUGGAUAUGGACAGGUCUUAUCACCUAGGCAAUCCCCGUGUCAUUCUCCUAGGACUAGUAUCACAGAUGAAAAUUGGCUUAGCCCCAGGCCAACUUCAAGACCAUCCUCAAGGCCUACCUCACCAUGUGGGAAACGGCGACAUUCUAGUGCUGAGAUCUGUUACAUUGGCUCCCUUUCUCCUCAUCAUUCUCCAACCCCAUCACCAGGACACUCUCCUAGGGGAAGUAUAACAGAAGACACGUGGCUAAAUUCUUCUCUCCAUGGUUUGACUCCUGGCCUCUCACCUUUCCAAUGUUGUGCAGAGACUGACAUCCCUCUUAAAACAAGAAAGACCUCUGAUGACCAGACUGCCAUUUUAUCAGGGAAAAUAGACCUUUGUUCUGAAGAACAGGGCAGUUUAUCACCAUCCCUCGAAACUGCCAUAGAUGAUAGCUCUGGAUCCCAGCAUACAUUAAAAAAAGACCUGUCUGGUGACCAAUUUCUUUCUGUUCCAUCACACUUUACUUGGAAUAAACCAAAGCCUGGCCAUACCCCUAUUUUUCGCACAUCCUCGUUGCCUCCCCUAGACUGGCCUUUGCCUACUCAAUAUGGACAGUGUGAAUUGAAAAUAGAAGUCCAACCAAAAACACACCAUAGAGCACAUUAUGAAACAGAAGGCAGUAGAGGGGCCGUAAAAGCAUCCACUGGUGGGCAUCCCGUAGUGAAGCUCUUGGGUUACAGUGAAAAACCAGUAAACCUACAGAUGUUCAUUGGAACAGCGGAUGAUCGUUAUUUACGACCUCAUGCCUUUUACCAGGUGCACAGGAUCACAGGAAAAACAGUUGCUACUGCUAGUCAAGAAAUAAUAAUUACUAGCACAAAGGUUUUGGAAAUUCCACUUCUUCCUGAAAAUAAUAUGACAGCCAGUAUUGAUUGUGCAGGUAUUUUGAAGCUUCGCAAUUCAGACAUAGAACUUCGUAAAGGGGAGACGGAUAUUGGAAGAAAAAACACCAGAGUGCGGCUUGUAUUUCGAGUGCACAUUCCCCAGCCUAGCGGAAAGGUCUUGUCUCUUCAAGUUGCAUCAAUACCUGUUGAAUGCUCCCAGAGAUCAGCCCAAGAACUUCCUCAGAUUGAGAAAUACAGCAUCAAUAGUUGCUCAGUAAAUGGAGGCCACGAACUGGUUAUAAGUGGAUCUAACUUCCUUCCAGAAUCAAAAGUUAUUUUUCUUGAAAAGGGGCAAGAUGGACGGCCCCAGUGGGAAGUGGAAGGAAAAAUAAUUAGGGAGAGGAGUCAAGAGGCUACAAUUGCUCUUGAAGUUCCUCCGUAUCACAACAAAUCAAUUUCAGCUGCUGUCCAGGUGCAGUUUUAUGUUUGCAACGGCAAGAGGAAAAAAAGCCAGUCUCAGCGUUUUACAUACACUCCAGUUGUACUGAAGCAAGAAAACAGAGAUGAAAUGGAUUUGUCUUCGAUUCCAUCCCUGUCCCUGACUCAUUGCCCAGGUGUUAAAGGACUCUCUUCUCUCCAAACUCAGCUGCCUUCCCCCGAUCCAGGGCUCUCACAUGAGACUUUACUUUCGACUUCACCCAGGAGCCUUGUAUGCCCUGCUCAGCAGACAUACACCCCCAUGGUGUCCUCAGCAGUGUCCCAGUUGUCACACAUUCAGGGUAGAAGUAUCAGUCCAGGCGAAGAGCAUUCUGUUUUGUCCCCAGCUGUAGUUCACCAGUCGUUUCAGGUCACGGCAACCCCUUCUACGAGGCCUUCCUACCAGCCUAUGCAAUCUAAUGUUAUAUACAAUGGACAGCCUGGUCUUCCUAUGAACUCUUCCUCCUCCAACCAAGGAUAUGAUGCAAUUCCAUUUCAGCAAGAUGCGACUGUAUCUCCAUUGAUGAACCUUAGCUGCCAAUCUCUGCCACCAAUGCCGUAUCAUUCUUCAGGGUCUGUGUCAACGUCGGCUGCAUCAGGAGGGCAUCCUUCAGCCCAGUCCAGACAGCCCUCACCCCAACUGCAACCUGUGGGGUACCAUUGUCCAAACUCUCAGCAAGGCUCAGUCUCUUCUGCAAUGACUCCGUCCCUUGGGCACCCUUCCGCACAGUUGCAGCAGGUCACUUACAGUGCUUCAAACCAAGGUAAUACUCCAUCACCAUCACCAAAAUCUUCUCAUUCUUUGGUCCAUUCACCACGGUCUGGGCCAUCUUCACCACAGUUGCAACCCAUGCCUUACCAGACUCCUAGCUCAGGACCUGCCUCACCUCCUCCUCCUCCAAAUGCUGUUGGUCACUCUGGACAGCAGUCCCCACAGCCACAUAGCCCAGAUUUGGGAGGAAUUGCCGCAGCAUCAUCUUUAAUUCACCAUCCCAUUUGUGAUACAUCUCCAUUUUCAUCAGAGGGGUCAGCUGUUAACGUUAAGCCUGAACCAGAGGAUCAGGAGUUGAAUUUUCAGACAAUGGGGCUGCAAGACAUCACUCUAGAUGAUGUGAAUGAAAUCAUAGGACGAGACAUGUCUCAGAUCUCUGUGUCCCAUGGGGCAGGAACGAGCAUCCACUCUCCGCAUAUGUGCUCUGCAUCUUUGGAGGCAGGAAUAUCGGAUGGAGUUCAGUAGCAAUUUACACUUAUGAACUAAGCAAUCCAGAAAACUUCGCACUUUUCCUCUGCAAAUGCUUCGUCUCCUUCUUAGAAUUACUGUGCUUCCGAUUUUGUGGCCUUGAUGACGUAGAACAUGGAUCCUUGCAGAGCCGUUCUGGGGGAUUUGAGUGGCGGAUUUGGUUUAUGCUUCUCUCUUAGGGAUGGAACAAUUUAAUUCUACCUUUUUAGGAUGCUGUAAAAUAAUUUUGUAAAAAUGGACAUGAGACACAAGAUACUUUAUCCUUCAGGAGAAAUACCAAUGAGCUUUUUUUUGUUUUGUGCAUUUAAUAGAAUUAUUUUAUAUUAAUUGCUUAAUUGUAUGGAGAAACAUAGUUUUGCUCUCAAUAUGCACAGUACUGAAUGUGGGUUUUUUUAAAAAAAAAUACACAUCUUAUAUGCUGCUUUCCCUUAGGAGUGAUAUUAGGAUUGUAAUAUAAAUUUAUAUACGGGGGUGGGGGGAGUAUUUUUGAAGAGCCUUUUAAGCUUAUAGGAUUUGAAAGAGAACUUUUUAAUAAUGAAAUAUUUCAGAGGCUCAAAAGUACUUGUCAUCUUAAGCCAAUGCCUUUGGAAGUCUUGUUGUAUGAAAGGUGAUGCGCAUUUUCUUUGGAUUUUUUUAGGAAGCAAAGCCAAAUGUAAAUCUGUGUUCUUUAUACACUGAAAAUCUUUGGUAGGCUGCAAAGAGACCAUUCCGUUGUGGAAGUAUUAGGAUAAAAGAAUGACAUUCCGAAGUCUAACGUUUGUAACUUUAUAGCCCUUACCAGUUCAGGCCCCUACUGACAAAAAAAUACUUUUACUUGUUUGGGACAGUUUCUACAAAUGCACAUUUUUAAAGAGACAAUUAAGAUUUUUGGAUUUUUUUUAAAAGCCAUAAUCUCGAUGCAAGGGUUUCCCCCACUGUUUUGAAAUCCCUCAGGUAGGGUUUUUCACUCAGUCUGUGUUGUUUCAUGUUAGAUUGAUUAUUUCUCUCUUGUGACUCAGAUGUGUUUCUUAGCAUAUUUUUGAUGACAUUGUGAUGCUCCUGUUCAUUGGGAAUAAUCAUAUGGCUCUCUAGAUACAGUAGAGUCUCGCUUAUCCAACCUUCACUUAUCCAAUGUUCUGCAUUAUCCAACGCAAUCUGCCUUUUAGUAGUCAAUGUUUUUGUAGUCAGUGCUUUCAAUAUAUUUCGAUGUUUUGGUUCUAAAUUUGUAAAUGCAGUCAUUACUACAUACCGUUACCAUGUACUGAAUUGCUUUUUCUGACAGUUCGUUAUAAAACAUGAUUUUUGGUGCUUAAUUUGUAAAAUUAUAACGUAAUUUGAUGUUUAAUAGGCUUUUCCUUAAUCCCUCCUUAUUAUCCAACAUUUUCACUUAUCCAAUGUUCUGCUGGCAUGUUUAUGUUGGAUAAGCGAGACUCUACUGUACGGUUGACCUGCAGCUGUCAGCAUUCUUCACAAUUGGUUUUGAUGACCGAAGAUUGCUAAGAGUCACAGAGUUCCUACUGUAUCUGAAGAAGUCAGAUGAACCCCACUGUCUAGUAAAGGGGUCAUGUAACAGACUCUGGUUAAACCAGAGAAAUCAAUUAUAGAUAUUGACAAAUUCUGAGUUCUCAUGCUAUGAAAGAUAGAGGCAACAUAUUGCAAUAGACAGUUUUCAGGGGCAGUGGCUGCCACAAACUCCUCUUGUUCAAGCACCAAGGGGACUUUCGUAUUUCCUCUCACAUUUCCUGUAGCCAAUGCUGUCAAGGAAUAACAGUCACAUCAUGUCUGUGGAGUCUCAGGCUCUUAAUUAGAAACAAAAAAGUUAAGUCUAGCACUCAAACUGCCGAGUGUCGCCACUCCAUAUUAAUAUUUUAUACAGUCACUUAGUCACUUAGAUGGGCCGUUCUAAUUUGGAACAUGCACGACUUCAUAUAAUCCCCACUUGAUUUCUGUUGGUCUGUGUUUAAAUAAUAUGUUUCCCUAAGAAACCUGACAAAUCAAGUGUAUUAAACUUUGGCUAACCAAACAGACUGGAAGACCCCAUUGGAAGAUCUUGGGAUGCCACCAGAUUCCAAAAAAGCUGUUUUUUAAAAAAAACUAACUUACAUUGCAAGAGAAGUCUUAAUUGUGUGUGAAAUGUUGAUGCUUCGUAAAGUUAUUAGCAGCAAGGUGGGUGUUUUGACUGUUAUAUAAUCACUGGUAGGCUUACAGAGGCUGUAACAUCUGUCCUGAAAACACUCCACUAAACUUGUCUAGGAAACCCCAUGAGCAUUAAGGAGUUUAUAGUAAUAGGGAGUCUACUUUAAGCCUCCUUUUGGUGAGGCAAACAUGAUCCAAAUGGCAGGAGUCGCAAACCAGAUUGGCCCCUUUGCACUUCUUGUAGCAUAAAAUAUUAAAGCACAUUUUAUUGGCUGUAGCAACAACAUAUGCCUCUUCUCCACAGCGAAGUUUAGAGUUAUGUUUUGAGUAUGGUUAACAUUCAAUAAAGCUUUUUAAAAAAGUUUUUUAAACUGUAUUUCAAGAGGAGGAAAGGAUGCUGUUCUCCUAAGUACUUUGACUGUGGCCAUUGUGUGGGUCUCCCAUUUGAAAGGUGUCCAAAAUGAUGUAGCGCUCCCCUUGCCUGCCCGAAUACUGUUUCUGCUUUGCUCCUGAGGGUUGUAGCUUUCUCACUUAUUUUGCAGUUACUAGAUUGCCAAGUAUACUACAUAUUAGAAAUCAGUGGGCAGUUCUGGCACUUGGAGAAAGUAGCUCCUCUAGCAUUUCUUUGCAAGUCAAUUUGUCUUCUGGUCACAGAUUUUUUAAAAGCAGAACGAAAUGUGGAUAGUUGCACUUGUAGCACUUCACGCCUUUUCAUGUGUUCUUUGUGAUGGUGGCGGUAUUACCGAUUUCUUGAUUGUGAUGGGUCUCCAGAAACCAAUGUUUUCAUUGUCCAGAGCUUUCUGUUUUAUGUGUAUGGUUCACUAGAGAUCAGGGGUGAGAAUCGGGCAUCCUUCCAUAUGAUAUUGAAUUGCAGCCCUCAACAUCCCUCUUUGUAGGCCAUGGCCUUCAGGGCUAAGGCGAGUUGUUCUGCAGUCAAGCAUGGAGUGAUGCUUGUGUCCCACCCCCUCCUUCUACGUAGUUUGGAUCGACGCUGUACAUAAAAUGGGGAAACUCAAAAAUCCCACGUUGCUAUGCACUAAGUGCGCAGUCCGCCCUGCACUGCUGCGGCAUUUCAGCCUUUCUUUGAGCAAGGUUUGUUGAAAGAUCUGAAGAUCCCGCAGUGGUGGAGUUAGUGGGUUGUUCACAGAACCUUCUGAUGCCUUUGAAUACCUUGAUGCCUGUAGAUGUAGCGAUGCUUUCCUAUUUAAAUUGAAAAAUGUAGACUUUGGGUACUAAAAAUUGUUGUAUUUGCCUUGUAAAAGCUUCAGUACGAGGGUCUUAAUUUUAUCCUUUUUUGCUUGUGUGAUACAGUAGUUAAGACUGUUAAUUUUGUGUAUUGUAGUGGAUAUAAAAGCACACAAUCCCCAUUGGACUAUGCAAUUUACAAUUUUCAGCAGCCAGUGACUAGCAUUUACCUUACUAGUCUCUUCUGCCUCCAAAUCUACAGUUGCUUUCUGUGAUUGUGUCCAUUUUUAAUAAAAAUAAAUAAAUUGCAGAAGGCAUUAAUUAACUCUUUUAUAGAAAGAAUAGAAGCUUUUGUAAAUCAAGUGAGGAGGCAGCGUGAAUGGCCCAUUUGAGAUGGGCUGUAAAAGUGGUCUUAGUUUUACCAGAGUUUGACCACAAUCUGGCACUCACUGUAAUAAACCCUUCAUCAGAAAAAUGGAACUGCCAUCCUUUAAUAAACCAAAGAUUAAAGAAAUUCAUUGACAAAAUUUUGUUCGGAUGCAAACAAAUCUUGGGAAGCUCUAUUUUUGAUACACACAGAAUGAAUGUCAUUCCUUGAGGUUUGGAGAUUGUUCAGAUUGACAUUUUAUAUUUAACCAUGUGGGACAAUAAUGAUUUUAAGACUAAAAAGGUUACAUUCUAGAUGUUUACAGAGCCUUGUAUUGUAAUUUCAUGUACAUUUGUGUAUUAAACAUUUUGUAAGUUAUGAUUGCAGUGCUCCAAGCAGAAAAACAAAGGGAAACAUGCAUUUUAGGCUCUUGAAUCAUAGUGUUGAAAUAAAGGAGAAAAUGCAUAAAAGUGUAGGAGUCAUCACUCUGCAGUGGUUUGCAUGUCACCGUAAGUAAAAUUCUCUAUAAUUCUGGUUCAUGAUGAACAUUGGUGUGUCUGAGCUGGAACUGGAGGCCUUUCCAGGAUUUACUGAGACUGUGUUAAUAUUAAAAAUGUGACAUAUAUCAGUGCUAUAGGAAAUGUUUAUUGGAAGUGCCUCAAAUGCAACACAAGGCCCACAACAGAAGAAAGCAUCAUAACUCAUAUAAAGUAGAGGCAAAGGGAGCUGCUUUGUGCACACAUGACCCAUCUUUCAUCAUGAAAUAUUUAAGGACAGUAUAAGCUAGUAGACAAGGAAAAGGUUUGCUCUCUGUCUUCCCAAUUGCCUUUGAAUACUUGAAGGGUCAAGUUAAACUAUUUAGCAAUGCCUCUUGUUUGCUUUCAAGGUGUUUCUGACUUACAGUGGCUCUAUGGCAAAUGUAUCAUAAGGUGUUCUUAGCAGGAUUUGUUCUGAGGGGUUUGCUAUUGCUCCCCUCUAAGGCCACGUGUGUGUGUUUCCAUGGCCGAUGGGCAUUCAGAUCUUGGUCUCCAGGAGUCUUAAUGCAAUACUCAAGCCACUCCACCAUAAUGACUUGGAUGACUUCAAAACCAUACAUGAGUUUGCAGACUGCAUCAGUAGGAGUGUAGUGUCUAGACUGAGGGAAAUCCUAGUCCCAUUCUCUUCUAGACAUCACCUGGAAUAUUAUUUCUAGUUCUGGGCAACAGAAUUCAAGGAGGAUAUUGACAGGGUGUCCAGAGAAGGGUAACCAAAAUAGUCAAAAGGUUGAAGCCAAGCCCAAUAAGGAACAGCUUUGGGAGCUGUGUAUGUUUCGCUUGGAAAAGAAGGUUGAGCGGGGACAUGUUAAAUCUUGGGAAUUUUUAAGAGUACGUUUACUAGGUUUCCUUUAUUGCAAGAGAUGUCCCUUAUUUGAACAUCAGAAACCUCAUCCUAUAUAAGACUGGCAGAUGUCUCUUAUUAUUUGAGGUUUGGAAACUGUUUCCUUUCAUUGAGACUGAAUAAGAUGUCACAAAAAUCCCAUUGGGUUUCCAUGGCUGAGCAGAGAUUUGAACCCUGGUAUCUCAAAGUCUGAACAGUCAAACAAUUGCACCAUAUUACUGGACCCACUGGAGACACACUAAUGCCUGGGCAUGGUGCUGGAAAAGGGUUUUAGAGUCCAUUUGCCUGGUGGUGAGGUCCAGAUUCAUUGGAUGGUGCAUAUAGUUUUGAUCUUUUCCAUUGCUUGAUCUCUUCCACUGCAGAAAUAGCUCAGCACACAACAAGAGGUACAAAUAACUCAGUUUUGUUCUUGAUUCAUUUCUCCAUCUGAGUGGGCAGAGGCAAACCAAGCUGCUGCAUUUAAGUGUGACAGUAAACCGUAGGAAGGAAUUCUGUUGCUUGAGGAUAAUAUUUUCCCCAGGACAUCCAAGCCCACAAAUAAUAAAACCACUCCUAAAAUAGAGGAUCUCAAUUGAGUCUUGAUUUGAAGCAACGUGGGAGGAGGUAGGGGCUUUGGGUGACUUUUCCCAAACCAGAAACCUGGAAAGCCUAGCAAUGGGUUCGAUGGACUUCCUAGACCGUCUCCAGCUGGCCAUUUUAUGAUAAAUACAUGAAAUAAAUGGGGUUUGCAGAGGUUGGUCAGGAUACAGAAACUUACUAGGAUUCAGUCCUACUAAAGCAGAAUUCCAAAAGUUAUUUGACAUGCCCUUUCGAUGUUUUGUAUCUGAGUUGUUUUCAUGAAACCAGGGGCAAACUAUUCAGAGUUGGUUCAUUCCAUAGGGGCUUCUCUCUGGUGCGCUUUUAGUUAUCCUUUCCCAUGAGCUGCAUCUAAUAAUCAGAGGCAAGGUUUAACUACAAUAUGUCGAAGUUGCCCCUGACUUUCAAGCCUGGGCUAAUGAUACAUGCUAAAGCCUAGGGAUUUUGUAUAUAUCUGUGGUUUUCUCAUGGCGUAAUUACAACCAAGCCAAGUAUUUCACAUGGACGCAGUGGUGUCUGAGGCAUUCUAAAUAUAGUUGCAAAGUCUUGAACCCUGCUCCAUGUUUUUGCCUCACUGUAACUAGAGUGCAAUACCAGGAUCACGGAUCAGUUGGCUCGCUUGUUUGGUUUGGAUGUUUCCUUUUUGUGGAAGCAGCUGAACUGAUGGAGCUCUCUGUAUGUGUGUGAAUUCAAUGUAUGUGAUGUGUUCCCCGCCUGCCUCUCACAGCAACUGUGUCAUGGUGGGCCAUUGACUAUAAAUUAUUCUGGGGUGUCAGCAGCACCUUUAAGACGAAGGGCGCUAUGACAGGGAGGCAUUUGCCCUUUGCAGUUCAGAUUUUGCACACACAGAUUUUGCACACUCUGCACACACAGAAGUAUUUCAGACCACUUUGUACAUGUGUAUACACAGGGGCGGUUCAACCGUGAGGCAAACUAGGCAGUUGCCUGUGGCACCAUCCUGUAGGGAGAAAGAGCUCUUGUCUGUUUGAGGCUAGUGUGAAUGUUGCAAUUGGCCAGCUUGAUUAGCAUUUAAUGGCCUUGCAGAUUCAAAGCCUGGCUGUUUCCUCCCUGUGGGCAUCCUUGGUUGGGAGGUGUUAGCUGGCCCUGAUUGUUUCCUGUCUGGAUUUCCCCUGUUUUCAGAGUGUUGUUCUUUAUUUAGGCUUUUCCUUAAUCCCUCCUUAUUACCCAACAUUUUUGCUUAUCCAAUGCUUUUAUUUUUCAGUGAUUGGUUUUGGGGGGGGGGGGGCACCAAAAUUCUGUUCCUCUAUACUUGAAAAUUACCUUGGACCCGGCUCUGUGUAUACAUUUCUGUGGCCAUUGUGGAGGUUAGAAUCAUAAGAGUUGGAAUAGACUACAUUGGCCAUCCAGUCCAGUCACCUUCUACCAGGCAGCAAAAGCACAAUCAAAGCUCCCCCAACAGAUGGACAUCCAGUUUCUGUUUAAGAAUCUCCAAGGAAGGAGCUUCCAUCAAAUUCUGAGAAUGCUAGGAAGGUUAUCAUAUUCAAGUCCUAGAGCCAGCAAAGCAAAAUCUUGGGCCAUGUAGCUCUUCAAAAAGGAUGCCCUUGUUGCUAUCUUUUCCAUCAAAAUAUGCUGUGCACUUUCUUUUACCUGUGCAAUUCCUGUCCUCUUUUUUUCUCCUACAGUGCAGUCUGUUCCACUUGGCAUCUUUUCAAAGGCAAAGGAGCUGAUAUAGAUGAGCUCUUGGCAUCCAAGGAGAAACCAGGAAUAACAAAUCCACCACCUGCUUUGCUGGACAGGGACUUUCCCGAUCCUUUUGGCAUAGAAAGACCUCUGAAGACACUUGGUAAGCAAAACAGAGGCAUAUGGCAAGCAGGAGCAGAAACAGUGAGGCUUCGACGGGGACAAUGUUGAAAGGAGAGGGCUUCGGCCAACUGGCCAGGACCGGCUGAUGGUUUCUCCUUUCUGAAUUGGUUCCUAUUUCUCAAGUCCUGCGAAUCAAGUGGCUUAGAAUUUUUUUCAAAGAUUUAAAAUAUAAUGAAGUACAAUAUUAAUACACUAUAUUGCUAUAGUAAAUAAUAAUAUAUGUAUUAUAAUAAAAUGGCUUGUCAGUUGAAUGUCUCAUAAUGGUUACCUAUAAAUAUGUACAACGUGGCACCAUUGUUACAACUCCACCUCCAGCCACAAAGAGACGAGAAUAUAUAUUUUUAAAAAGUGGAUAUGGCUCUCAAUGAGACAUGCCAUAUUAUCCCAGGAUGUCUAUGCCCCACACCACUGGAGAAAUGCCGCUUGUCUCCUCAACCACUUGUUUCCAACAAUGGGGGCGUGGCUGGCAACGCAGCGUUUUGGAGACGAUGCGCAGCUGCGGCAAGGGGUGACCAGCUGGUUGAGGACGCAAGCGGCAGAGUUUUGUGGGGGAGGAGUUGCCAAGCUCAUCCAUUGCUAUGAUAAGUGCCUAGAUUUGAAUGGCGACUAGGUUGAGAAGUGGUAUUUGGGUGUGGCUUUCAACUGCAUAUGGUAAAUGUUUCCUCCUAUACUUUUUGAGGACGCAAGCGGCAGAGUUUUGUGGGGAAGGAGUUGCAAAGCUCAUUCAUUGCUGUGAUAAGUGCCUAGAUUUGAAUGGCGACUAUGUUUAGAAGUGGUAUUUGGAUGUGGCUUUCAACUGCACAUGGUAAAUGUUUUAUCCUAUACUUUGUUCAUUUUUAAUUCCUAAACUUUAUUUGUGCUCUUAAAUACAUUAUAAAUGUACUCUGUUUGCUUCUGACAUGAUAAAAUUAGAUCAUUAUUGUUACUUGUAUUAGGUUUUGCACCCUUCUUUAUUCUCUUGGAUGCCAUAAGUCAGACAGAGCCAAAUAAUGUCAUUCUCACUACAGGAACUCGGUGCUCUGGAAGUGAAAUAAAUCUCAUUGCUUUAAGACCAAAUGUGGGAAUCAUUUCCCUUCUCACUGCACUGAGAAAGGGUCUCUUGGUCCCCGGACCUCCUCUUUGCCCCAUUAAAGGCAGGCGUUGGCCUGGCCUUCGACUUCAUUAAAGAGCUAUUAAAAGUCAGCGAGGGGCCGCCUUGGUCCUCUGCGUCCUCCCUUGACACCUCUCCGCUCCCGCCUGCCAGCAACAUCCAUUAAAUGGCUAUUUCAGGUAGGGAGCCAGAGGCACCAUUUAUACAUUUCCAAGCAUGCCAUACAGGGCUGCCCCCCUUCCUUUCUCUACAUGCAUUAGGACAAAUGGUGCCCACAAUAAAAUAAAAUGCCAGGGCACUCAAAACCUCGCCAAAGAUCCCCUGCUUGCAGUGCUAUAAAGAGUGCAUUAUGUGCCUGUGGUUGGCAGAGUGAGAGAAAGGCUCGAUAGAUUAGGAAAGAUUUGAUCAGGGUGGGAGUGGGAGGUGAAUGGAGGACAUUAUUGGAAUCAUUGAAUUUUCUUUUUAAAAAGUAUGUAUCCAAAUGCCUAUCUUUUUUGUUUCUCUGUCUCCCCAAACUGCAAAUCUCAGGAUGCCGUAGCUCUGAAUCAUGGCAAUUUGAGUGGUGUCAAAUCUAUAUUACGAGUUGCAUAGUGUCAGUGCACCCUUAGUAUACCUAACUAGAGAACUUACAGCAUAUUUUCUGAAUAUGUCAAAUUCUACAUACAAAGGCUACAUUUCGUCAGUUUCCCUUGGGCACGAUUGCUGCUGGCAUCUUACAUAUGUGUAAUUUCCUGUUUGGACUUUAUUGUUGCUUUGAUGUGGAUUGUCUACAUUUAGUUCAAGCAGAGUUGCGGACAUCGUGCAUGGAGAACACAGGCAUUGCCAUUUGAUCCAGGUUGCCUAUCACAGUUGAUACCACAUGCCGAUAUUGGCACAACAUAACCAAUAAUAAUAAUAAUAUUAAUAAUAAUAAUAAUAAUAGUGCAGUUUUUUGGCAUUGUAUAUUUCUGCCGCUUCUAUGACUGUUCAUUUGUAUUUUGAUUCCGUAGCCCACUUGUCGAUGGAGGUCCAGUAUCAGCAGCAUCCACCGCGGUCCUUUUUAUCCUGAGCGACGACCGAGCCAGUAUAGACUUCGUUUUGGUUUGAUUCUCCAUAAUGUUAAUGGGUUAGGUGCUCUUAGUUCCACUCCUCAACUGAGACCUCUCUGGCUUGGUUGGACCUGCCGGUAGUUACACUACCACCCAGCACAGCUCUCAGCAUCCUUGGAGCAGUUAAGCCCCCCCAGGAGCAAGCGAUCGGAACAAAUGCAAUUAAGGCCAAGAUCGAAAAAUCAGCUGAUGACCCAAAAUGCAGACUGUGCAAGGCAGCUGACGAAACUAUUGAUCAUAUCCUCAGCUGUUGUAAGAAAAUCGCACAGACUGACUACAAACAGAGGCACAACUAUGUGACUCAAAUGAUUCAUUGAAACUUACGUCACAAGUACCACCUGCCAGCUGUAAAGAACUGGUGGGAUCACAAACCUGCAAAAGUAUUGGAAAAUGAGCAUGCAAAGAUACUAUGGGACUUUCAAAUCCAGACUGUUAAAAGUUUUGGACCACAACACACCAGACAUCACAGUUGUGGAAAAGAAAAAAGUUUGGAUUAUUGAUGUCGCCCAUACCAGGUGACAGUCGGAUUGACGAAAAACAACAGGAGAAACUCAGCCAUUAUCACGAUCUCAAGAUCGAACUGGCACAAACCAGUGCAGGUGGUCCCGGUGGUGAUGGGCACACUGGGUGCCGUGCCAAAAGAUCUCAGCUGGCAUUUGGAAACAAACAUUGACAAAAUUUCGAUCUGCCAACUGCAAAAGGCCACCCUACUGGGUUCUGUGCGCAUCAUCCGAAAAUACAUCACACAGUCCUAAACGCUUGGGAAGUGUUUGACUUGUGAUUUUGUGAUACGAAAUCCAGCAUAUAGAUCUCGUUUUCUGUGUCAUACUAUGUUUUUGUGUCAAUAAUAAUAAUAAUAAUAAUAAUAAUAAUAUAUAUAUACUGCCCUAUCUCCCCAAGAGGACUCAGGGAGGUUGACAACAUAAAGCAAAAUAUUCAAUUGCCAAAAGACCAUACAACAAAGUUAAACAUAAUAAAAAUAAUAAAACAAAAAGAUACAAUUCUACUAAAACAACCACAAAAAUCCAAAUCCAAUUUCAAUAUGCUCCAUCGACGGGUUCAAAACACCAGUGACCAGAGCUUCAGAAUGGAUGGACAUGGCCAAUUAUGAAGUGCUAGGCAAAGACUAGGUAAAGGUAAAGGUUUCCCUUGACAAAAAACAACAACUAUACUUUGCCCAAAUGUUGAAUUUUUGCAUAUGAAGGUAGUUAUUGGUCACGACAGGACGUCAGGGGAAAACCUCUACCUUUUUACCUUUAUAGUUUUUUCAAAGCUAAGUGAAGGAAUAGCAAUAAAAGUGAGGUUUAUUUCUUCUAUUUCUGAUUUAAAUGUGAAGGAUGCCACCUACUGGAGGGCAAGGAUUAGUGCAUGCAUGUGUUGUCGAAGGAUUUCAUGGCCAGAAUCACUGGGUUGCUGUGAGUUUUCCGGGCUGUAUGUGGCAAAGUGUGCUAAAGCGCUGAGCUGCUGAACUUGCAGACCGAAAGGUGCCAGGUUCAAAUCCCGGGAGCGGAGUGAGCGCCCGCUGUUGCUCCAGCUUCUGCCAACCUAGCAGUUCGAAAACAUGCCAAUGUGAGUAGAUCAAUAGGUACUGCUCCGGCGGGAAGGUAACGGCACUCCAUGCAGUCAUGCCAGCCACAUGACCUUGGAGGUGUCUACGGACAACGCUGGCUCUUUGGCUUAGAAAUGGAGAUGAGCACCAACCCCCAGAGUCGGUCACGACUGGACUUAACGUCAGGGGAAAACCUUUACCUUUUUAUGGCCAUGUUCAAGAAGCAUUCUCUCCAGACCUUUCACCCACAUCUAUGGCAGGCAUCCUCAGAGGUUGCGAGGUCUGUUGGAAACAAGGCAAGUGGGGUUUAUCUAUCUGAUUUGAACCUGGUACCUUUCAGUCUGCAAGUUCAGCAGCUCAACGCUUUAACGCAAGAGCAGAAUGUAAAUACUGUAAAUAAAUAAAUACAGAGGGAGAAUUUGUUGGGAACCCUUUGGGAUGUUUCCCCAUCUUGUACUCUUCCCAGGAAGAGUAUUUACAUAUUUGCUAUGUAAAUACACAUAUAAUGACAUGACACACACUGUGAUAGAAAGCGCCAGGCUGUGGCGCAGCUGGUUAGUAGCCAGCUGCAAUCAGUCACUACUGACCGAAAGGUCAUGGGAUCGAAACCAGGGUCGGAUUGAGCUCCCAACCAUUAAUAGCCUAGCUCGCUGCCCACCUAAGCAGCUCAAAAAACAGUUGCAUCUGUUGAGUAGAAAAUUCUAGGUACCACUUUAUGCGGGGAGGCUAAUGUAACUUAAUUCAUGACACCAUAAAAACUACCGGCAGUGUGCAGAAUGGAACGAGGAAGUACUUCAUCAAGGACUUAGUGUCACAGUGGACGAUGAAGUGGCAGCUCCCCCGUGGUCAGAAUCGAGCAUACCCUCAUGAAGCCGGAAGCUGGAAAAUGUUAAAUUACCUCUGUGACUGUCUAUAUGUUGUAUGUCUAAUGGCAUUGAAUGUUUGCCAUGUAUAUGUGCAUUGUAAUCCACCCUGAGUCCCCUUUGGGGUGAGAAGAGCGGAAUGUAAAUACUGUAAAUAAAUAAAUACAGAGGAAGAAUUUGUUGGGAACCCAUCUCUUCCUCUUCCCAGGAGUCUCAACUUCCAAGAUGUAGCUGGGUUAGUUCAGCACCCUGAGUAAAUUUCCUAUCUUGUAGGAGAGUUCUUUCAAUAAAGCUUAGCUUCUUUCAAACGAUUGGUGUGUUUGCUCCUUAAAUCAAGAUCUCUAACCACUGAAUGCAUUCUAACAGCCUUCAUGUUCUCACUGCAAGGCCCAUCACCGCACAACACAUUUCCCCCUUCUUGUGUCUUCCUGCAUGGCAGAAAGGGGUUGGACUGGAUGGCCCUUGGGGUUGUUGAAGUGGGAAUGAUUGUAUAUAGAGUUGUUUAAAUGUAAUUGAGUUAUAGUGUUGCAAUGUGAGCUGGAGAUUGCAUCAUGCACUGUCUGCUGUCCACUAUGCGAGUGUGUAAAGAGUUAACUGUGUAUUGCAUCAGACAGCAGAGGUGGUUAUAAAUAGCUCCUUGUGUUAUCUGUUCGCUCUCUGCCUCUCUGCACUCUGUAUAUAUCGUCUUGAGAGUUUUCCGUUUGUUAGUAAACUUUUUGUAGAUAGCCAAA